AUGGAGAUUCCGAGUAGGCCGGAUACCCCGCAGGGUAUCGAUCGCAAGUUCGGCACUCUUACGGACUCCCAGACCCUCGGCAUAUGCGUCGCAGGUCACCAGCUGAGUCUGGUAGUCGUAAACGGAAGUGUGUGUGUGAAUUCGGAGCUGGCGGAUCUUGUGAACUACGGAAGUGAUCCAGAUGAUGACGAGGACAUGGACGAAGAUGACGACGUCUUCGGAUAUAUGCAGUGUCCUCGAAACGAACGAAUCUACUUAGAUUCUUUUAUGGAUUUCGAUGCUCCGAUGGACAUGCCUACCGAGCCGUCAUCAUCGGCGGAAUCAAUUAGCCUGCCGCUAUCCACACCCGCGCCAUUCAUAUCCAUUUAUAUCAAUGAUAUGUUGCAUACCCCGGACGUUUUCAGUAGCCCCAGUGGAAGAAAAUUUCAUAUUCUUAAACCAGUCUCGUUUUCACAUGUAACUAAAACAGAAUGUAAAAAUAAACCUACACCACAGACAUCAAAAGGAUUGUCUUCGCCUAGCUCAUCGUCAUUGGAACGAUUUAGUAUGUAUAGCUCAAGAGGAUGCAGUCCUUCGCUAAACAAUAUAUCAGCUUCUAAGCUUAUGCACGGCAUCAAAAUAGAUGAAAGCGAAUAUCAUGACUUGAUAAAUCUAAGAAACGAUAAUAAAAAGAUAAAAAAGAAAAAUGAAAUAGAAAGGAAAGAUCCAAAGACAAAACUUACAUUCACUUAUUCUUUUGAAGACAGUAUGUCGCAAGGGUUAACUGAAAGUAAUGAAAAUUGUGUUUUUUAUGACGAAGAACGUAAUAAACAGUUUGAAGAAAAUGAAAGACAGAAAGAAACACUUAAUGACGAAGCAGAGAGAGAGAAAGAAACAGAAAAUGUUGAUGUAGAAGAUGUAGAAGAGAGAGAGGAAGAAACAGGAAAUGCUGAAGAGGAAGAUGAAGAUGCAGAGAGAGAGGAAGAAACGGAAAAUACUGAGGAGGAAGAUGAAGAGCAGGAAAGUGGUGACACAGGCGAUGAUGAGAGUGAUGAAUAUUCUGCAAGUGAAGUUGUAUCGGAUAUAGAUAAUGAUGUUUCAGAGGAAGAGGAAGAUGCACAGGAUAAUAGUGUCAAUGAAUGGGAUGCUGUCACAGAUUUGACACCUGAGUUGGAUGCGUGUACUUUAAAUGAAAGCACUUUUAAUAUUCCUAUAGAAGAUAUAUCUCCUGCAGGGAUCAUCCAGACCGGCUGGCGUGUCAUGGUUGCUGUCCCCAAGGAACGAGAAUUCAAGGAGAAAGAUGCGCGGUGCUUCGGCAAAAUGUCGCCUGAUAUGAGGGCCUAUCACGUCGUAACAGAGGCCAACAUCGGAUACUAUUUUCACCUACGUAAAACACCAAUCGAUGACCUUGACAGAGGAGCAACUAACCAAAAUGCUGAUCCGCAUGAGUUGCCCGGGCAUCAUCAUGGUACACCCACUUUUGUGCUGAGCUGGUAG